CGAUAACGCCAAAGCGCUGCUUCCCGCUAGGUGACUGCUUGGUCACACACUCUCAUGCACUUGUGCUCUUUUGAGCUGCUUAUAAGAAGGCGGCCCAUGUUUAUGCACUACACUCGCCGGCCGACAGGUACGGAACAGCCUUUAUAUUUCUGACACCUGACGCUGAGCAAACAAUGCCGGGCCGACGCCUCACCGCGGCGCUGUUCGGCCUUUUGUCUCGGGCUCCUGCGGACGCGCUGAAACGUGCCCUUUUGAAAGCGCCCGGCACAUUCACGCGGCAGCCAGCCGCGCGGGAAGGCCUGGCGAUGGGUGAACCAGGGUCAUAAUAAGCAGGAUACCCGGCUGGAUAUUCACCUCUCCUCCCCCCAAAAUCAGGAAGAGGGCUCCAAUUCAUCGCACUCCGCUGCCCGUCAAUGCUUGACGCAAUCUGCAUGAUUGCGGGUCACGCAUUGAUGCGCGAACAGGAUAUCAGGCGAAGGGGGGCGCCCAAGAACAAGAAUCUGUCUGUCCGCCCGUGCUUGUGGCACGGCGGAUCGUGGGCCCCGAGAAGGGUCGGCGCCGCUGCCGGCGCGCACGCCCGCGAGCCGCUCUACUUUAGUCGAUACUGCGCGCACUUUUAUUCCUCCUCGACGUACAUUCGCCACACGGGCAUCCGAUUUUCGUUAUCUCCUAAAGUGGCCGAUCUUCCGGCAUCACUUCUCGGCAGGUAUGUUUGCUCGCUGUUGUUGCCGAGGUUCUUCCAGGGAGACGGCAGCCGAACGAUGGCGCCUGUGUUCAUGCGACUUGAGCCGCAUCGCUGUCUACUCGCCGCGGCGGCUCUGUCUUGCUGCCGAGCGCGAUGCCGCGGGUUCGAGUCCCCGCCACGGCGGCCGCGUUCCGAUGGGUUGAAUGCAAGGACCAACGUGUACCGUGCAUUGGAUGCAGGUCAAGCACCCUCAGCUGCGGCGGCCAACAGCGCGGCUGCGCCCUUCUACGACGCGGCAGGCGGCAUGUACGGGGGCACGCCGCUGUCGCUGCUGGCGCUGCCGGCGUCGUGCGUGCCUGACGUGAGCGCCAAGGCGGCCCUGCCGGCGGCCGCCGUGGCGCGAGUGUCCCCGGAGCCCGGACCGGGGUCCCGCGACGAGCUGCGGCGGCUCGUGUCCGAGCCGGACCUGCUGCUCGCCUCCGAGGUGGACGUGGACGUGGGAUUCGUUUGCAAGAAGUGCCAGCUCGUGUUCCCUGCCGAACCGCUGGUGGUGGCGCACCAGCGCGCCGCGUGCUUCGCGGCCGGCAAGCCGCCCAACGUGGGCGCCGACUUCAAGCCUUUCCUCAGACUGGUACAGCGCGCGUGGGAGUGCCGUCGCUGCCGCGACCGGCUUCACACAGCGCGCGAGUUCAAGUUCCACUGCGACAGCGAGCGCCACUGCGGCAAGAGCCCCAACAAGGCGUCCGAGGCCGGCAACAACUAGCAACGCGCCACCCGACCGCCGCCGGCCCGCCGGACGACGACGCCGUGCGACGCGCACGGGUCUGCUGGUGCCGCUGCAAGUGGCGCCAACACGUAGAGCUAGUGGCGGCGCGCCGAGUCCCUUCGUCUGUUUCCCUCUGCUACAAAGUAAUGGGCGCUCUAGGUGUGUUGUCUAUAAACGAUGACUCCCUUCUUGUGUUCAAGGAAGAGAACGAGAACGAGCGUGUACCCCGCAGUUGUACAAAACGCGUAUCCAGUGGAAAGACGACUUCCUGGCUCUAAACGGGUAACGUCGUUUUCUUCCUUGCCUUUCUGUUGUGAAAAAUCUCUUUCCAAGUGUUCUUGCUUUGUUUGUGGCGAUUUUUGCGAAAGGAAAACAGAGAGUCACUUUGUUCCCCAGUGCACUGCAUCGAGAGAUAUCGCUGUCUAAAUUAGCCUGUGAAAGAAAGAAAAAAUAACCAAGUGCGGCACACGUAGGAGUGAUUGUGUAUUUCGGUGUGCAUACGCGUGUGAUGGUGGUGGCGUCUCGCAGGGAACGUUUUGUGCAUUACCUUUGAUGCAGGCUUUUCCAGCGCCUGCGCGCGCCCUCUGGCGCGACCCACGGCAACAAACGAGAGGCUGCCUUCCCGCGCGUUCUCGUUCGUGCGCAUGCCAGUGUACGUUGAUCGCGGAGCAACACUUGCCGACUACCUCCAAGUAUCGUGUGUUCGUGCGUGCAUGUCCGUGAGCCUGCCCUUGCUGUGUGUGUUGAGCAGCGACAUCUAAUUUGUUAGAACGAAAGCCGGCAUGUGGAAUCGCGAGAUGUCCUGUUUCUUUUCUUGCUAACUUUUACCACUUGUGACGGCAACUUUUCGUCUUUGUUCAUUUAUUGCUGGCGUGUUUUGCCCCGCGAGGGCCCCCCGCGUUUUUAGGUGUGUACAAAGCCACGGUGAUAUGUUGAAUCAAGCGUUGGUUCGAAACUUUUGCAAUAACUUUUUCGCGACAAGUAGUUGCUAGAAGCAGCUCGGCCUGCCCUGUUUGCGGGUCUGAGUCGUUAGCAGUUCCACUCAUUGACGGUCCGGCGCGCACACUGCGAACGGGUCGGAAGUGGCUGGACGCUCGUACAUGGUUCCUAUCUAUUGCGAAAUGCACUGUUACGUGUGAGCAGCAUUUCGAAAGGCGAAAGCAAAAUCACUGGUCAAGAGGUACAGUUCUCCGCGUCGCUUACAAGCUCCGCUCCCUUUCUCACGUCGGUUGUGAUAACAAGUCGAGCGUGAUUGUAUUUGAAGCACAAAAAAAUUAUGCUUAAAUUGCGAAUUACUGCCGUGGAGCUCGGAUACAUGAGGGUUCGAGUCCGACAUACGACUUUUUUUUCUGCAGGUCCUAAACGAGAUUUGUAAAUAAAACGUUUCAAAAACAGCUGGUGACUCUGAAAACGCUGGAAUUAAAUUUUUUUUCACUUAUUCGUUCGAUAAUGUUUGAGCAAGCAAAUGAUUCGUGUGUAGAGGUGAGGCUCCAUUUUUUUUUAUUGACUUCGCUCAACUACUUGCUCCCUGGUCAACUGCGGGCAACACUGUCUGUAGUGUGGCAUUAGAGGCACUUGACACUGGCGAAAGGAGCAGAGCUGGUAAGCCCGAGAACUUCCCUUGAGGUCGGCAGACAAACAAGCAAAAGCAAAAUAUAUAGUAUAUAUAAAUAUAUAUACAAGCACAUUAAUUGUGCUGAUGACAGUUCCUAACUAAAAAAAAAAAUGCAUACUGCGUUUUUGUAUGUCCACAUAUUGUGAUUAUGUUUGAAGCGAGCAGAGGUGUGAUUCUCCUGUUGUUACCGAAAGGAUGGACCUGUUUAUACGUGCCGCGUUGCAUCCUGGGACAAGCUAAAAAAAUACACACUCGUGGAUCCCCAGUCCUCAUAGAGGCAAUGCAAAAGCGCGUUGAAAACCUUGCACCACAAUGGCGUCACAGUGAAGCGUGUCCCUUCCCGCGUCCACUCGCGCGGCAAGCCCGAGCAACAGUUUCAGCGUGCGAUCACGUGACACGACGUUCGCGCCGUCUGUCUGGUGAACUGCUCGCCACGCGAAGCAGCGCAUUGCAAUGGCCGACACUCACCGGCGAUUUCAAUUGCCGUGUUUCAAGAGUGUCCAUUCGCUUUCUUCAGUUGCGGAGGGGAGUUCCCUAAAUCUGUACAGCUUGCUCGGACUGCAGCUCGCGACGUUGGCGUUUUGUUCCCUGUCCAUCGAAGAAACAGUUGCGAGGUAUUGUGCUGUUAUACAUACACAUACACCAACAGAUACACUUGAAAGUUCCUAGGUGGUCGUCGAAACCCCUUCCCCAAGUCUUCGCCGGCGCUUGCCAACGUUUUGUUCUUCCAAACCGAAACACACAUGUCAAGAGACCUGUACAUAACAUAGUCUUGCCGAAGAUGUCUGGGUGAUUUCUGAAUGAGGUAGUCUGUGUGAACGCUAUAGGGAACGUGACCGCCUGGUAAGCGGAAUGGGCUUCUUUAUUUUACUACGAAACGGGUCGAAAUGUAUGGAAAGAGUGAUGCAAAAGAAGCCUUCGAAUAUGCGAGCCUCUGUUCCACGUUCUUGCCUAUGAACUUGGUGGCGUAAGUUCAGUUAUAAAUCUAUCAUUGCAUUCUUGAAGGAAAAUGGUCCCUUUCGGACUGAACGCAUUUGAGCAGGAAACGGGUGACACUGGUACUAACAAUGCUAAUUUGUUUUCCCAUCUGUUUCUUGUUACUGAAAUGCGCACCUUAGUUGGGCAUUGUGCUAAAUGCAAUGUAUGCAAUUGCACUGCCGACAAAUUUCGCUGGCUUUUCAAAGCGACUGAACACGUCAUUUGUCAUAUUUCAGUUUGUUUUCUUCUUUUCUGUUAGGCGGCCAUGUCGAUAACAAUCAAAGCUUCCGUCUGCGUGUGUUCUGGAGGAAUUCGUUUGCUUUCAGACACCGAAGAGCAUCCUGGAAACGGAACCAUUUUUCCUGCUGUCUAACCCCAAUGCAUACCCCACGUGAAUAGUCACAUACCUCAGCACUAUGCAGUCAACAUAUAGAGCGCUAGCAAGAUAUGAAAGGUGUGUCUUCUCACUAUUUUUGCGUUGAACUUAUGACUUUCUAUAUGAAUGUGUAAUGCCUUCUUUUUUUCGUGCAAGCUGCGCAAAUGUUUAAAUAAGUUAUUCGAUACAGGCGAAUCAGGCUAAAGUGAGAAACACAGAUAGAAUCAGCAGUCCAACGAGCCCUUGUAGAGAACCUCCAGCAAAAGAAAAAAAAGAAAGGGAAAAGAAAGCAGGUCAGAUAAUGGCUUUCUUGUUGACAAAGAUGGCUAAUAACGACGAGAUGGCGAGGGCGUCUCAGCAUUUAAACUGUUCCACGUUAGUUAACCAAUAUUUAUUUUCCCCCACGUUGUCACACUUUUGAAUAGCGAGCAUUGCUAGUAGCACAGCCGCUGAAUGAAAACAGAUAUGCGUGGAACGGCAAAUACCAAGGUGACUGCGACGACAUGGUGUCAAUGUAGAAGCGCUUUUAUCGGCGUAACAAAAAUUUCCUGUUACAAUUUCACUGUCCUGCAGCGCACAUGCGUGCAGUGACAGCUGGGGUGCAGCCAUAAUAAAAAGUUGUGUUAAAAAUUAGUACAAAAAAAAAAGGGUGUCACUUUCACUUGAAACUUUCCGGAUGUAAUUUUAUUGCAUUUUUUCUUCUUUUUAUUGAUGGUCGUGUGAUAGGUAAGUUUGCACUGACGUAAGGCUGCUUGUUGGUAACACAGGCAUUGCAGUACGCGAGCAAAAGUGUCAUGGGACAGACCUCUCAGUAUGGACGAGGUGCGAGAUGUGAGUUAUCCGCUCAUAGAAAAAUUAGCUUUUAUUGAGCGUAUAGUGUACCCGUUCUGUCGAAAUGACUUGACACUUGUGGAUGAAUGCUUUAUUUUUUUUCCUAUAGUGCAGAAGCAAUGAAUCGAAGAAGUAAAACGUAGGCGCGGAGGAGGAUUAAGCAUUGUUCGUCUGAUGACGAAUUAGCGGCGUUGCUUUUAAAAAUCGCUAGUGAGCCUAUCUGCUGAGUUACUAACUUGGGUUACUCGUGUUCUACACAAGGGAAGUCGUUCAGCCUUACCAUUAUAUUACGCUGGGCCCGAGUGUGUGUAUCCAACAGGCGCAGCAUCGUCGUGAUACGUACAGCGUGGAGUAUGUGCUUGUAAUGCAUGUUGUUGUUCAUGAAUGACAGUCUCACUUAAAGAUGUGGUGGUUCAAGAAAUAAGUAUACAGUCCAAAUACAACGUCUACCUCUUUGGUGUUUCAGUUAGUCGAAUAGAAUAUUUUCCGCAGCCAGGCAAGCAGGCAUGAGGUUUCCCCAUGGCACGCGAAAUUUACACGAAAAUCAUGAAAAGGCAUACCUCUUGUUUCGCGAACGAAUGUCAAUUCUGUGCACAAUUUGCGUGGCGCGGAGUAAACGCUCGAAACAGCACUUUAGAGUGACGUGCACUCGUCGAGAUCGGAAUGCCUGUUGCCGUACCGGGGGGCCAGUGACACGCGCCUCUUUUAGCAAGGGCAGUUCAGGGAAGUUUGCAUUGAUUGCUUAGCUGCCAAGUAGCUUGCCAUUUUAUAUUUCCUUGAUACACCCGUACACAGCUAAGAAAACACGAGAGCGGCCUCCGUGCGCGCCUUUUUCGCGCGUGCGACGUACGGGUUCAGGCACGCGAGCCGGCGAAAACCGAGAGAGGUUUUGAAACUCGCGGACGGCUCGGCGCGCGUCUCAUGGUCGACCAAUACCUCAGGAACACGGGUCAAGAAAUGCGCGCGACGCCGUCACACACAGACACCCUCAUUCACACCUACUUCAUCCACACACCGCCAUUCAACAGCCACUUUACGUAAUUCUUGUAGGCGACGUUUUCAAGACAGACAUUGUAGUUUUUUUAACCAAGUAAGCCUGUGAAGAGACCAAGGACGCACGCCAUGGUGUACAUACGGCCGACACAAUUCGCAGACGCGCAAAUACGGAAGCAACAGGUUUGAACCAACUUAUAUACGUAUUAAGCCCGACUGAACGCAACGUUAAGUCAGGGUUCGCAUCCGGUUUCUAUCGAUGCCAUCCCCGUCUCCCAUCGUAUCUCUUCAUUUGUUCUUUGCAGUAGCACAUUGUCGAAGUAGUUGCAACAGGUACAGUGUCUUCACAUUAGGUUGCAAGUGUCCUUUAUUUUUUGGCCUGCGGAUCAACCGGUGCACGAUGCAGUUAGCACUCACAAAGAGAGCCACCUUGAAGCCGCAUAGAUUUGGUUUCAGCAUAGAUAACCGUCGGGCCUGCGCCUGAAACCUCCGCCCGUUCUGUGGGUUUAUCAGCCCUGAACGCCAAGCAAGUUUCUACUACCUCAAACCCAAGUAAAGAAAUAGUAUCUUGAAGUUCCUAUGUGCAUGUAUAUGCAUCACAACAUGUAUGUACAUGUGUCGCGUAUAUAUGUAUACAUACGUAUAUGUAUAUACAGAAGCAUAUAGUAUAAGGUGUAGAAUGAUGUCGACCUCAACACUUUCCUUUCAUUUUCUUGAAGACAGCUUACGUGGCCUCAGUCUCUUGAGGACGGGAGGCGGAAAACGUUGCGUACCGUCACUUUGCAUUGAUCUUGACUAUAGUUCGGGAUUUCUUUGUUUGUUUCAUAAAACUGCGUCUAGAAUGCAGCUUUGACGUUGAGUAUAAUGUCAAAACGUCUGACCGAACCGCGGGUGCUUGGAUACUGCCCGUUGCCUACAUGUUACGUUUUGAGUGGUGUUUUGUCCCACCUUCUUUUUUUUUUACAUAUACAUAUAUCUUGAUCAUCACAGUGUUUGUUGUAAAUAGUCCUCAAACUUUUUUGUGGUGAGCUGAUUACACUAUAGUGUGUCUAAUAUUGGGAGGAGAACCACAGCCAUGCACCAACUAACUACAGUCAGCAGCUGAUACUCGCUCUGCUGUGAGCCUGUGAAUCAGAAGAAAAAAAAAAUCAAGAAGCGUUGUUUUAACGUUUCCAGAGAAGUUCAAGGACUUCACAAUUUUAGUCCCGGUCCUGAUUGUUGAUUUCUGUUGGGUAUUCAUGUUGUUUGUUGUGUAAUAUAUGCCCUACACUUGCUCGGAUGUUUCUAAGUUCAUGAUUGAAUAGUGUUUGCCCUCUGAGGUGUCCACAUGCACUUUCAUUGUUUUGGUUGUCACUUAAAACGAAUGGUUCAAUCCGUGUCAUUGAAUACAGAAUAUACUGUUUUGUUUCCUAUCACAUAUUCGAUGCCCCUCUUGUGUGAUACAAAAGAAAAAUGUUGACAAAAAUGCAUUGGUCAAUCCCUGCUCCCAUUUUAUUCUUGGCAAGGUUUUCGAUGGUUUUUCUGGGAUACGUAACCACUGCAGGUAUAUUUUUGGUAUGUCACGUAGAAGACAUAAUAACGACGACAAUAAUGUCAGUAAUAACUACUGCGAUGCUGAGGAUGGUGAAAGGAUUCUAGGUUUUUACAUCACAGCUCAUGUAGUUGGCUUGAAGUUCUGGAAUAA